AUGACCGGACGACAGAGCAAGGGAGUGAUGUUUCUCGAGAACAGUGGAUCAGCUUGGGAGGUUUCACUCAUUUGGCCCACUUUCUUUGAUAUACCUGGAAGAGAUGAUAUCACGAAUCCCAGCUAUUGCAGUGAGCAAUUGCGUCGUGCGGCCUCUUUUAGCUCUACCCCUUUUCGAACACUUAGCAAAACUGUAUUGAGUGCAGAAAGUCCGCUCAAUCAGAAUAAGCCGAGGAAAAAGAGAGUAGACCUAUUGCAAAGGUACGAGUUUGGCCGAUAUGAGACUGAAGGGGAUCGGGCGCCAAUUCUAGUCUCCAAAAGAAAUCAAACGUCAGAAAUUCGUCAGGAUCCAAACUCGAGUAUAGGGAAAUGCCAGUCGUGGAAAAAGAAUGGCAGCAGGUGGCUGGGAUUAUGGGCCGAACGUCCAGUUCAUCAAGUCGCAGGGAGACAUCAUACUAACAUCAUACUAUCCACAAUGUCACCAAAACAACCUAGUUCACUCUUUUUCAUCACUCUCGCUUUCCUAUUAUCGAUUCUAUGUAAUUCCGCACUCGCUCAAGAUUGGAUAGUUAUAGACGAUGCCGACCCAGCCAUCGUCUAUUACGGAGAUUGGAAGCAAG